CAAAGGAUUUCCUUCUAAAACAAUACAAUAUCAACACGAGCUUCUGAAGUACUAAUGUUAGACACAGUUAAAACCUCCAUUAUAUUCUCUUCCAGAUCUGUUUGCGCUGCGAUUCUGUUCUAAUGCUUGUCCUGCUAUUUAAAGCUACCUCCGGUAACUAACCAACCCAUCUUCGGUUUCGUUGAGAAAAUGUAGUCUGUAAUUUCCCAAAGUUUUUCAGGGCAACAUACCCAGGGCAUCAAAAAAAGCCUUUAAAAGGUAAAGGUUUGGACCAUAUCUAGUAAGGUUUAUUAGGGAAUGCUUGUUUAUUUCUACUUUGGUGCUGUUUGAUCUCGUCGACGUUAUCAAAAUUUCAUUUUGGUUCAUUCUUUAAAGAGAAAGGGUACACCAGCUGAUGCUCCGAAGCAGAAAGAGUCAGAAUCUGCCCAUUGAUUCCUGUGGUAGAUAAUUACUUUGUAAGGUACUAAUACCGAUACAUUUUAGGAUAGGAUACAGCGAAAUUUUGUGUAGUGAAAAAACAAAACCUAUUAUUUAGAAGGGCACAGCUUCAUAUAUGCAUCUGAGGUGGGCACAGUGCACGCUUAUUAAGAUACAUACCCAUUUAACAGUGGCACAUCUGUCAAUGGAGAUGGGUUGUUCUGAUUUUUCUAGGCUGCCCAUGUGGGUAUCUGGGAUUUCUUAGAAGAUUGUAGAUACUCAAUUACAUUGUUAAGGUCCCUUCUGGGUAUUGAUUUUGGACUCUUCCUAUAGCUGAACAAGAAUUUUGAAUUGAAUCUCUCGGCAAGUCUUUGAUCAAUAUGGCAUCCUCUAAGCCCACCCAUUCUUCAGGGAGUUCUGCUAGAUCAAGGCACAGUGCACGAAUAAUGGCCCAAACAACUAUAGAUGCAAGGCUCCAUGCAGAUUUUGAAGAGUCUGGCCAACAGUUUGAUUACUCCAAAUCCACUAAUAGUACUUUAGAGAUUGUGACGUCAAACACAGUGUCUUCCUACUUGCAGCAGAUACAGAGAGGAAAGUUGCUUCAGUCAUUUGGGUGCAUGCUUGCAGUGGAUGAGAAGACAUUUUCAGUGAUUGCUUACAGUGAAAAUGCCCCAGAAAUGCUCACAGUGGCACCUCAUGCUGUUCCCACUGUUGGGGAGCAAGAUGCUUUGGGAAUUGGAACUGACGCUACUAAAAUUUUUACUCCUUCCAGUGCUGUUGCAUUGCAGAAGGCUGUGGCGUUUACAGAGGUGAAUCUUCUGAAUCCAAUUCUGGUUCAUUGCAAAAAUUCAGGUAAGCCCUUCUAUGCUAUACUUCAUAGAGUUGAUAUGGGUUUGGUAAUAGAUUUUGAGCCCGUUAGGGCUUCAGAUGUUGCUAUGACUGCUGCUGGAGCAAUGCAGACCUAUAAGCUUGCGGGAAAGGCCAUAUCACGGUUGCAAUCUAUGCCAUCUGGAGAUAUCGGUCUGUUGUGUGACAUGGUUGUACAGGAGGUGAGGGAAUUAACUGGUUAUGAUCGUGUUAUGGCGUAUAAAUUCCAUGAUGAUGAUCAUGGGGAGGUGAUAUCUGAAAUUAGGAGAUCCGAUUUGGAACCUUAUCUGGGUUUGCACUAUCCUGCAACAGAUAUCCCGCAGGCCUCAAGAUUUUUAUUUAUGAAGAAUAGAGUAAGAAUGAUUUGUGAUUGUUGUGCACCCCCUGUAAGCGUAGUAGAGGACAAGAGAUUACCCAGAGAAUUGAAUUUGUGUGGAUCAACAUUGAGAGCACCUCAUGGUUGCCAUGCACAAUACAUGUCCAACAUGGGCACCAUAGCGUCUCUGGUGAUGGCUGUAAUCAUCAAUGAGAAAGAAGAAGAGGAAGGAGACAGUGAGGGACAACAGCAACAGAAAGGGAGGAGGCUUUGGGGGCUUGUAGUUUGUCAUCACACUAGUCCACGAUUUGUUCCAUUUCCUCUGAGGUAUGCUUGUGAAUUCUUGAUGCAAGUUUUUGGAAUUCAACUCAACAAGGAAGUUGAGUUAGCCGCCCAGUUGAGAGAGAAACACAUUUUGCGAACCCAAACUUUGCUUUGUGACAUGCUGCUUCGAGAUGCUCCUGUGGGAAUUGUCACGCAGAAGCCUAACAUAACGGAUCUUGUUAGGUGUAAUGGUGCUGCCCUCUACUAUGGUAAAAACAUUUGGCUUCUUGGAACAACUCCUACUGAGGCACAAAUACUUGAUAUUGUCGACUGGAUUUCUGAAUACCACAUGGAUUCCACGGGUUUGAGCACAGAUAGCCUUGCAGAGGCAGGGUAUCCUGGAGCUGCAUUAUUAGCCGAUGCAGUUUGUGGAAUGGCUGCAGUCAGAAUCACUUCUAAAGACUUUUUGUUUUGGUUCCGAUCCCAUACUGCAAAGGAAAUCAAAUGGGGAGGUGCUAAACAUGAUGCCAGUGAUAAAGAUGAUGGCAGGAAAAUGCAUCCUCGAUCUUCAUUCAAGGCAUUCCUUGAAGUGAUCAAAAGAAGAAGUAUACCUUGGGAUGAUGUUGAGAUGGAUGCCAUUCAUUCUUUGCAGCUCAUACUGAGGGGCUCUUUUAAAGACUCGGAUGACAGUGAUGGAAAGGCAAUGAUACACACACAAAUCAAUGAUUUGAGAAUUCAGGGAAUGGAUGAAUUAAAUGCAGUCACGAAUGAGAUGGUAAGACUGAUUGAAACAGCAACAGCACCAAUCUUCGCUGUUGAUGCUUUUGGUCUGGUAAAUGGAUGGAAUACAAAAGUUGCUGAACUCACUGGGUUGUCUGCGGAGGAGGUUCUCGGAGAGCCUUUAGUCAACCUCGUUGAGGUGAACUCAAUUGAGACUGUGAAAAGGAUGCUCUGCUUGGCUUUGCAAGGGCAAGAAGAGCAAAACAUUGAAAUCAAACUGAAAAGACAUGGCAUGCAGGAGGAAAAAGGUUCAGUAAUAUUAAUUGUAAAUGCAUGCUCAAGCAGGGACCCAAAGAACAAUGUUGUGGGUGUGUGUUUUGUAGCUCAGGAUGUGACAGGAGAAAAGAUUGUUAUGGAUAAAUUCACUCGUAUUCAAGGUGAUUACAGGGCAAUAGUUCAGAAUCCAAAUGCCUUGAUUCCUCCUAUAUUUGGAGCAGAUGAAUUUGGCUGGUGUUCUGAAUGGAAUUUGGCUAUGGAAAAGCUGUCUGGGUGGAAAAGGGAGGAGAUAAUGGAUAAAAUGCUAUUAGGAGAAGUUUUUGGCCUUCACAUGACAUGCUGUCGUCUUAAAGGUCAAAAUACUAUGACAAAGCUCAGGAUUGUACUCAAUAGUGCAAUGGCAGGGCAAGAGACAGAAAAAAUUCCUUUUGGAUUUUUUGAUCGUCAUGGAAAAUAUGUAGAAGCCUUACUUUCUGCAAACAAGAAAGUAGACGAAGAGGGAACAAUCACAGGCAUUUUCUGCUUUUUGCAUAUUACGAGCCCAGAGCUUCAACAAGCAUUACAUGUGCAGCGUAUGUCAGAACAAACAGCUAUGAGAAGACUUAAGGAAUUAGCAUAUCUUCGAAUGGAAAUAAAAAAUCCACUUCAUGGAAUCAUGUUUACAGGAAAGUUGAUUGAAGACACUGAUCUGAAGGAAGAACAGAAACAACUAGUUCAAACAAGUUUAUUUUGCCAAAGACAGCUGUUAAAAAUUCUGGAUGACAUGGACUUAGAAAGCAUUGAAGACGGUUAUUUGGAAUUGGACACUGUCGAAUUUACAUUAGGAGCACUGCUUGAUUCCGUCAUUAGUCAAGUGAUGAUACAAUGUGAAGAAAAGGGACUGGAGAUGAUUCAUGAUUCGCCAAAAGAAAUGAUUACGACCUGCCUAUUUGGAGAUCAGUUGAGACUUCAGCAAAUUUUGGCAAAUUUCCUAGGAAUUGUUAUGAGGUUCACACCCCUAAAAGGUUGGGUUGGAAUCAAAGUCUGUUCAACCAAAAAGCAUUUGGGUGGUGGUGUACAUGUCAUGCACUUAGAAUUCAGGAUUAGUCAUCCAGGCCGGGGAUUGCCAGAGGAAUUGGUGCAACAGAUGUUUAAUCUGGAUAAUGACAUAUCUCAGGAGGGUUUUGGAUUGCUCGUUUGCCGAAAGCUUGUAAAACUUAUGAAUGGUGAUGUGCAGUAUGUCCGAGGAGGAGGAAAACCAUCCUUUGUUAUUGUUGUGGAGCUCGCUUCAGGUCAAAAUGAUGAAUCAUAGAUUUUUUUCUUUAAUACAAAAGAGUUUAAACUUUCAUUUUGCUUUUGAAAGUUUAGUGUGGGACCAAGCACUUAGUUUGGAAUUCAACCUAUACCAUUGUAAGUUCAAAGAGGAUGGUUGGCUGUUUGAAGUGAAAGGGCUUAUGAGGCAAGGUUGGCAUGAGGUUGAGGUCGGUUGAUUAUCAGAAAUUUUGUUGAAUCCUAAGAAUUUUCAACAUUUCCAACAUACAACAAUCUAAAUGUAGCAGUUCAAAGGUGUGCCUCAUUUGUGUUCCCUGCCAUGCAAACAAGUUAUUAAUAAGUAGAGCAGGGUGUGAAUUAUUUCUUUUCCACUUUGAAUUUCACUAUUGUGGCUUAACUCUGAGAAAUUAAUGGUUAGGUUUGUAAUUAAGAUAA